UAAAAAUAAGUGUCGUUAGAUUUGUUUAUUAUUUAUUAUAUAAAUAAAUAAUUUUGUUUUUUAGAUUAACAUCGAGUGUCGAUGGUGUCUAAGCGGUGGUCUACGUGUGUUGCGUCACGUUAAAACGAAGUUAAAUAAUUAUUUAAUAUAUUCAAAUAUAAAUAAUAAAAAUAAAGAGAUCAAAAGAGAGAGGACGGGGAUGUCCUCGCGCGUACGUUAAUGCGUGUGUCUGUGGUUCACUGGUGCCUGUGUAAUCCAACAUACAUAUAUAUAACGAGAUUUAAUAAGAGUGUACAGUGCCCGUGGAAGUGGUUUCCAGAGUUUAAAUAAUAAGACAAGGCUGGGAUUCAGAUCUACUGAGACAAUGGAAAUCUUUUGGCUCUGCUCCGUUUUUCUUAUUCUGGGGACUAAUUUCGGUUCCUGUGCGAGAAAGAAAGGACACAAUUAUUAUGGAGUAGAGAUAGGAAAAUUAAAAUCAUAUGCGCACAGUAUAAAGGGGAUGGUAUAUGUAAUUGAUGAGUCAACGAUAUUCAUAAAAGGGUUUUCGUAUGAUGGAACGGCACCUGAUGUAUUUUUCUGGGUCGGAAAUACGACAGCACCCAGUCCGAUGGGUGAAAUUGUCCCUUAUCCAGAAGAUUACACUGGCAGGGAACCACAGGUACUAAAGGCCUAUCACAACGCAAAUGUCAUUCUGAGGCUGCCGCAAGGAAAGAAAAUACGCGAUAUCAAGUGGCUCAGUGUUUGGUGUCGAAGAUUUACCGUGGACUUUGGAGACAUACAAAUUCCCCAAAAUAUUGACAUACCGCGACCUCGAGUGCUGCCAGAGUUUUCUCGUUUGGCUCACGGACUCCGCAGUGGCAACAUAAGUAUCCUAGAUAGCAAAACCAUAUAUAUACCCAACCUACAUUACGACGGAGCUGGACCCGAUGCCUACUUCUGGGUUGGAACUGGGCCAGAGCCCAACACAAUGGGCUUCAAAGUUCCCAAUGAAGUUGGAGGAGUGACAAAGCUGAGAGGCUAUCAAGGAGAGGAUAUUGAAAUUGUUCUACCGGGAAAUUUAACUGUCUUUGAUAUCGAUUGGCUCUCUGUUUGGUGUGUACAGUACAAGCAUAAUUUCGGGCAUGUGUUAAUACCAAAAGAUCUUGAUGUACCACCUGCACUUGGACAAACAAAGAUUACGACAAGCAGCAGUCCACCAAUAUCAGCACCAAUGCCACCGACAACUUUAGGUGAAUUGAGCAAUUGCAAAGAAAUGUUAGACGGCAGAGUUCAAGUCCAGUGGGAGCUAAUGGGCGAGGAUGUUCAGAUCCGUGUAUCAGGACGUAUAAAUGAGAAUCAGUAUGUCGCGUUUGGAUUGUCGGGACGUGAAGGCAAAGCACAAAUGACCGGCGGCGAUGUCGUGGUCGUUGGCUACGACAAAAGAAAAAAAAAGUUUAUUGCUGAGGAUUACUACAUGUCGGACCUUGCUCAAUGCGAUGGAAGAAGAGGCGUUUGUCCAGAUGAACGUAUCGGUGGUAAAAAUGACGCCGUUCUCGUUUACGGCGAACGUAAAAAUGACGUAACUACAGUGACCUACAUGAGACCAUUGAGAACCAAUGAGCCAGAAAAAGAUCGUAUGAUACCAGAAAGCGGUGAAACGAGUGUACUAGCAGCAAUAGGAACUCUGAAUGACCGUGGGGAAGCAAAUGCUCAUUGGGCUGGUGAUAAAACUGACGAAGACAUUCGAAUUGACUUUUCAUCAAAGAAUGUACAAGAGUGUAUAAAUUCACUGUAUGAUAUUCCUAAAGAACCGAAAGCUGAGUUGGAUCCAUGGCCGGUUGAAACGAUAAUUGAUGAGAACAAUCUGACUGCGCGUAUUGGUCCCACUGGCGGAAAUAGAGGAUACUCGAUAAUAACCGGUCAACCUUCUUGGGGAAUCGCUUGGUAUAUAAAUGACAUGCUGAUACCUGAGAUAACAGUGGAACGUGAACAAACAUAUACUUUCAUCGUCGAGGGUGGCAGUGAUUCGACAAAUCCUGCGCGUUAUCAUCCGUUAUAUAUUACUGCCAGUCCUGAAGGUGGCUUUGGACAAAAGACUGAGCAACAACAGAAGGAAGAACAAGUUUUUGCUGGUGUUGGCUGGAAUGAUGAGGGCUAUCCUUAUCCUACGGCAGCGGGACGCUAUUGUGAGUGGGCACAUCAGACUGUUGAUAUGAGUGAUAAUUCAUUAACCUUCGCCAGCUUCUUUGACACUCUGAGACUUGAUUGUGAUCAGGGAGAACCUGCUAAACUUGUUUGGACUGUUGCACCUGAUACACCUGAUCUUGUUUAUUACCAGUGUUAUACUCACAAAAAUCUAGGUUGGAAAAUUCACGUUAAAGAUCCAGGAUAUAAAUCUCAAUUGAAAGGCACAUCAGACAGUUUAAUGCCAGCUUCACUCAUUACACUCUUAAUAAUCACUGGCAUUCAUACACUUCUCAGAUGAAUCGUCUCAAUUUAAAAUCCACUCGCGUU